CUUAUUUGAUAAGCCAAACCGUCUCUCUCGGAUCUUCAGUUGAGCUGACUUGGGUCUCUGCUGCUUCUCACAUCUGCUUAGAGUUGGUUGGCUUGUUCGAAGAAAAUCGAUCAACUGCUUGGGAUCAUAUUCUUUUUAAGAGAAAGGUGAAUUCGAAGUUUCUGAAAAUGCCAAGGGAUAGAAGAGUCGAUCGUUUGUCUUCUGAUCGGUCUAGAUCGUCGCCUUACCCUAGGAGUUCAAAAAAUUCUGAGCAAUUCAAAACCCAAAGCUCAUUGGGGUUGGAUGAGAAUAUCCAAAAAUGGGGGAAUGUCAGGUGCCCCGUCUCUGUGGACCAUCCACGCGAUAAAGGUGACGAUCCCGAGAGGUCAUUGAGAUCGACCAAAGAUGUCAAAGAAUGGGAAGAAAUUAGGUGCCCCAUUUGCAUGGAACAUCCCCACAAUGCUGUUCUCUUACAAUGUUCUUCCUUUGGCAAAGGCUGCCGGCCUCACAUGUGCAAUACUAGCUAUCGCCACUCAAAUUGCCUUGACCAAUUCCGCAAGUCUAAUGUGUCAUCUCCAUCCGUGGAAAUUUUGCAUGAAAUUCCUUCUGUUUCCAUUAGAACAGGGGGAGAAUUGCAAAUGCUUGGACAAACUGGGCAUAAAGAGAGUGAGCCGCAGCCUAAGCUUUGGUGCCCUCUGUGUCGAGGACAAAUCUAUGGAUGGACUGUUGUAAAGCCUGCACGAGAAUUCAUGAAUUCCAAGGUACGGAGUUGUUCUCGGGAGACUUGUGAUUUUAGUGGGAGUUAUUCAGAACUUAGAAAGCACGCAAGGUCUGACCAUCCUUUCAUCCGCCCAUCAGAGGUGGACAUCCAACGACAACAUGACUGGGCCAACUUUGAGUAUGAAAGAGAUGUCGCGGACAUUGUUGCUACGCUCGGUUUAACAAGAGAGGAACAAGAGGAGCUUGGUAGAGAUUUUGACGACCUCCCUGCUAUGGUCAUCCCAAAUGAAGAAGAAGAUGAGGAGAAUGAAGACAGGAAUAGAGGAGGUUCUUAUUAUCAGGUUAGGAGAACUUCAAACCGAAAUGACCGUCCUGUUGUACUCCUCCGUUUUGAACUUGAGAUGUCGCCAGAAGACCAUGAUAUGGAGACUAGCCAUAACAGUAGGCAAACCAACAAUUUCAGAUGGAACAGAAACAUGUCACCAGCACGCUAUGAAAGGGGGGUUAGUUAUGCUAAUAGACGAACCAACAACAAUUUUAGACGGAACAACAGUUCUAGGAGUAAUAAUAUUCCAGAGAGGAUGCUGCAUGGUCUGAACAGCCAUAGUUAUUCCAACAGACGAACCAACAAUACUAGAUGGAACAACAGUUCUAGGAAUAACGAUCCAGAGCAGAUGCGACAUGGUCUAAAUAGCUAUAGGCAGAAUGAUGGUUUCAGUAGAAAUGGUAACUUUAGAGGGAACGGUAAUUUUUGGAGUAAUCGCACGGAGAGAAACGAGCGCAGGCGGAGUGACAGUUUCAGGCGCAGACCGUCAGAGAGGACGCCCUGAACUUUAAGACAAAAUAGCAAAAUCCGUUGGAGAGAAGGCAAUAUAGGCUGAACGACGACGACAACUUUAACCGUAGUCUGUGGAGCGAUGACAGUGGAGACGGCCGACACGCAGUGAAGAAUUGAGUACUGGAUGUUGAUAAUUUUGUCUUUCAAAAGUCUUUUGUGCUGAUAAUAUAACAUAUUCUGAGUUUUUACAGUC